AUGUGCAGCAGGAAACGUAAGCCUCGUUUCCCUCCCGCCGUGCUGCUUCUUGCAGCAGCAGCUGCUGCUGCUGCCUCUUGCGGUGUCUGCUGCUGGGGGUCCUUUGCUCCAAGGAUGUUUCUCAUUCCUCCCAAGCAACGGGGGAAUGCCGCAACAGUACAGCACGGCAGCGGGAUAAGCCACAGCAGGCUGGCUGCCCUUUCAGCCCAGCAAAAGCAGCAGCAGCAGCAGAAGAAGGAGAAGGAAAUAGUGCAGCGUCGCAGAGCGAACCAAGAGAAGCAAAGGCAGCGUCUGUUACAGCAAAAGGAGGAGCGGCGGCAGGCUAAAAAGUCACGACAGCAGCAGCAACACGAGCAGCUCGAGGAUAAGGAUCGUCUAGGGGAUCGCAGCAAGGAGGAGCUCGCCGCUAAGAAGGCCAAGUUGCGACUGCAGCAGCAGCAAAAUAGGAAGGAGCAAUUGAGGAAGCACCGUCUGUUGCUGCGGCAGAGGCAGCAGCAAGCGAAUAUGCAGCGCCUGCAGCAGCGGCUACGCCUGCCGCAGCUGCGUACAGCAGCGCGAGAGGCUGAGGAGCAACAGCAACAGCAGAACAAAUUAGGCAGUUCGACAACAAGGGAGGGUAAAGCUCUGAAGCUGCGCGAAACGAAGCACUUGCUGCAAACGUCGCUAACUUUGGUGCGACUCAGCAGCAGCAGCACUUCAUCGGAUGGCGGCAAGGAGGUGUCUGUGGGGUUAACGAACAGUCAGAAGCAGCGCAUGUUUGAUGCCUUAGUGCAACGUGGUCUUCACAAGUUUGUGUUGCUAAAGAGGAUCAAGAAUUCGCUAAUGCGCACGGCUAUUCUGCAGCUGCAACAGGAGCAGCAGCAGCAGCAGGAACGGAAGGCUCAGCGAGAUGUCGUGUUAGAAGACGAAGAAAUGCAUGCGCGGCUGUGGGGUCGUUGGGAUGAUCCUCCGCUGAGUGAGGACGAGUUUCUUGAGGCGUUCGGAGUCGAUGCUUCGAGUCUAGAGGAUAAGGAGGAGGCUGCAGAAGGAGCUCCUGCGCCUUCUGGCAGCAGCAAGAGUGGGGCGGUGGGCAGCAGCAGCAAGAGUGGGGCGGUGGGCAGCAGCAGCAAGAGUGGAGCGAAGAAGAAGAAAGGAGGGGGGAAGGGCAGUGGCGUCGCUAGCUCUGGCAGCGCAUGCGACGGCGAUGCUCAGCAGCUACCGCAGGAUUUGAGCAGCAUGGAUCUUCCUGAGCCGGCAAACUACGCGGAAGCAGUGGAAGCAGCGGCAGAAGCGGAGCAGAGGGCGAUGGCAGCGAUUCGCGUGGCUGGAGCGUCGAGAAGUGUAGCCGAGUCGGCUGCGCUGUUACUGCCUCACCUCGAGGGGGAAUGCUUGUAUGCCUUCGUGCAUGCAUCCGCUGCGGCGGAAAACCGGCUUGGAGAGGCGCUGCAGCUGCUGCUCCAGCAUGCUGCGGAGGCUGCUGCAGACAACAGAGAGCGAGCAACAGAAGCUUCACAGGAUAUCGGCAGGAGGAAACCAGGAGACAAGUACACGCUGGUUCCAGUGGAAGGGAUGCCUCCUCUUGAGGCUCUUCCGAUAUUCAGACAGCCGCGCUCCCGUGCGGCUGGAAAGGCUGCAAAGGGAGUCGAGGCUGUCGCAGCCGCUUCGACGGCUGCAGCUGCUGCAAAAGCUGCAGCAGCCGAAGCGGCUCUAGGAGCUCCCCCCCCAGCCGCGUGCACGCCAUUCCCGUUAGUAAAGGUUCUUGUUCUUACCCCCGACAGGAUCAUCCCUCCUGCAAGCGUCUCGCUGCUGGCGAAACUGCCUGACCGCAAGUCUCUUACGGCACGCCUCCUGGAAACCUUCCUUACGCCGACGUUCCGUCUUCUCUCGGCCGUCCAGUAUGCGCCAAGGCUUCUUUCGGCUUCCCUCAGGGCGAAGCAGCAGCAAUUACUCGGGAUCUUGAGACUGUGCUACGCUGCUACCUCAGUCGUCAAGGAGACGGGCAGAACAUCUGUAGACGGGCUCGCCGCUGUUUCUCUCGUAGCUUAA